GGCUUUGCUCAGUGUGUCAUUUUUUUUUUUAUUGCUUGUGUCAGCUGUAACCUGUAAUUCAUUGCAUUCAGCCCACCUAAAGUAUUACAGGGAAAAUAGUCUUGGCGACGCGUAUCAUUCUGAAACAUCGAUAGCCCGUAUACCUGUCACCUCGCCUUCUCAAUUUCUUCUGGUUGUCUUCCGAAUCAAUUGACAACAUUUUUAUCAGAACUUUCGCAGUAUAUAUAGGUUAAAGCCUAACAGUCCACGCGCCUAUUAAUUCAUAUGUCUGUGUAUAAUCACCGUCCAAUGGUGCCUGCUGCACAAAGUCGCAUUGUCGAGCUCUUGGAAGCCAUUCGAGCAGAAUUUGAUCAACUUAGCCAAGAAGCUAUGAUCUGCAAAUCUCAGCGUGACGAUCUCGAGCAUAAGAUAAAUGGCCAGAUACAGGAAAUGAACGCAUUUCAACAGAGUUUGUUCGAUAUGGAGAGAACGCAAAAGACUGUAAAACAACAGUAUGAAGAGGAAAUUGCUAGGCUAAGACAACAGUUGGAACAAGCUCGCUCCGGACAUGCGCCGAUGACUUCAUCCGCUCAUAGCGCUCAGCAUCCACAACCUCCACCUCCUAACAUUGGUCCUCAAUCAAAUUUGUUUGGCGGUAUUAUGAACGCCAGCGGCGGUUCAGGAGCAAGCACAAGUCAACCGGGUCUAGUUGCUCCACCUCAAAUGAGCGACCAGCCACCACCUCCUCACGGUGGGCAUUAUCCCCCACCACAGUCGCAAGGAUAUCCUUACCCACCGUCACGGAGCGGUGGUCCUGGAACUCCAAACUCGCAAGCCGCACCUUUGCCGACAGAUCAAGGCGCUAACAAGCGAAAACCUGUGGCACAGACUGGCCCUGCCCCUCUCCCAACUGCUCCCACCCCUGGUCGUCCAGUAUCAACACCAAAGCAGCCAAUACCAGCGGCUGCCACAGGAGGUGGCUUUACCGAUUUGGAUCCUGAUAAUGUUCCACCAAACAUGAAGACGGAAGGCUCUGACUGGCUCGCGGUGUUUAAUCCUAAGAUUCCCAGGUAUCUGAAAGUUGAUUUGGUGCAUACAUUGGAUCACACUAGCGUUGUUUGCUGUGUCAAGUUCAGUCCAGACGGCCGCUAUUUAGCUGCUGGAUGCAAUCGACAAACCCAUAUUUACGAUGUCACUACGUCGACAAGGAUGUGCGUAUUGCAAGACGAAUCGGUUAGCAAAGAUGGUGAUCUUUAUAUUCGCUCCGUCUGCUUUAGCCCGGAUGGAAAAUUUUUGGCUACAGGAGCUGAAGAUAAGCAAAUCAGAAUUUGGGACAUCAGCAAGAGACGCAUUCGCAAUGUUCUUACGGGACACGAACAAGAUAUCUAUUCGCUCGACUUUAGUCGUGAUGGCCGUAUCAUCGUUUCUGGAUCUGGAGAUCGCACUGCUCGAAUUUGGAGUAUGGCUGAUGCCACUUGUCUUCACACACUCCGUAUCAAUGAAAAUGACCAAAAAGACCCUGGAGUUACUUCAGUAGCUAUCUCACCUGACAGCCGAUAUGUCGCUGCUGGCAGUUUGGACAAAAUUGUUCGUGUCUGGGAUGUCCAGACAGGUCACUUACUUGAACGCCUCGAAGGACACAAAGAUAGUGUAUACUCUGUUGCAUUUAUGCCCGAUGGAAAGACCAUCGUAAGUGGAAGCUUGGACAAGACCCUCAAGCUCUGGCAGCUAGGUGUUAGUGAGGGUCGUGGCUUUUCUGCUGAUCGAGACCGCAAGAAUCCUUGCAAACAAACUCUUACUGGCCACAAGGACUUUGUUUUGUCAGUCGCAUGUACAGCAGACGGCAAUUGGGUUGUCUCCGGAUCGAAAGAUCGUGCAGUUCAAUUCUGGGAUCCACGCACAGGCAACAUACAAUUUGUGUUGAAGGGACAUAGGAAUUCAGUCAUAUCCGUUGCCACAAGUCCCGCUGGAAGACAUCUGUUCGCAACUGGUUCUGGUGAUAACCGAGCAAGAAUUUGGAGUUAUGAACCCAUUGGACCGUAAAGUAACGAAUGGACGUUGCAACUGUAAUAUGGGAAUUACUAUUCAUUCUUCGUGAUUCUUUUCUGUUUUGAUUCUCUUGAGAACACACAUUUAUACUUACGAUUGGCUCAUGAAGAGCCUAUGGUAUAUAGAUAGGCAGUUUUUACCUACCACUCUGCAUAAUGAGUACCAGAUUUGCUAGUA